AUGGGCGUUGUUUCAGAAAUGACGCAGGAAACACAGGAAACGUUAACUGGAGGAACUUUUACGAAACAUGUGCAGGCGACAUCGAACCUCGUCCGGGAUGAGAUGGAGAACAUCGAACCGACGUUCGGGAGAAGCGAUGAAGAGGAGAAGGACGAGGGCGAGAAACCGAAGAAAAUUUACCCAGUCCCCAGUCGGUCAACGAGCCUCCGGGCGUCAGGGAAGCACGUGUUUACGCCGCCAGGCGCUCCACGCUCAUCGAAAAUGGCCUACCUGGUAGCCGAUGUUGAAGCAAUAUCGCUGGACCAGGAGAGCCUGGAGGAGCCCUUCCAUAACGCUCCGAGUCACUAG